CGAGGCGAUAGGCAGCAGGCGUGGAUGCUGGGAAGGAAAUCCGUCUCAGUAGGGCAGGAGGCGAGUUUGCUGUGAAUGAGCCCGCCGGAGCGUGCCGCGCUUGCGCACAUUGACUCAGAUCUGGCCGGGGCUGUCAGUCACCGGGAUGGAGGGUGUCAUGGGAGCCGGGAGCCCCCAGCCGUCUCUCUAGCCACUGUCGGAAAUGCACAGUCGUCUACGUCUAUGCCCCGUUUCUUCCCCAACAUUGGUACCAUUCGAAGAACGAGCUCGUGUUUGCUGCAAGGCUCAAGACAGCGGGCGCCCGGCACCAGCUCUUAGUUAUUAUUUUGCUCUUAGUGCUUUCCAGAUUUCGAGGAAGCGCCCCAGUCCCUGGAAGCCCCAGUGACCCACAGAUGGUCUCAGAGCUCCUGCUGUAGGGUCCUUGGCCCCAGCCUGACCACACCUCACCCCUCUUACCAUAUCCUUAAUGCCUGGGUUUUUCUGUUGCUAUUUGAUGGGAUGUUAAAGAAUGUCCAUUCCAAAGAUGUUAAAGCCAUUUUAGAAUGUGCAAAGGGUGAUGUGUAUGAAUUCGUGAUUACUACCCUAAAUACAGGCACCGUUCAGAGUGAGAUGAAGGUUGUCAUGUGGGCUGUUAACAUCAGUGCCAGCAAGAAUAGUCUCAUCAAUAACUAACGCUAGGUCUGCACCAUUUCCUGGAAGAAAGGAGGAGAAAAUGGCCCAGUUGCAGGAGAUGGUGACGUUCAGGGACGUGGCUGUGAUCUUCAGCGAGGAGGAGCUGGGGCUGCUGGACGCUGCCCAGAGGAAGCUGUACCGUGAUGUGAUGCUGGAGACCUUCAGGAUGCUGCUCUCAGUGGCACACCAGCCGUUCACACUAGGCCUGAUAGCCCAGCUGGAGAAUGAAGAGGAGCUCUGCAUGGUGGAGGCCCAAGGAGGUGAGAUCUCAGGAAGCCAGGGUGGACGUGCUGUGGAGAAUGAUGAAGACAUGGAGUUAAGCUCCCUUUGUCCCAGAGAGCUCUCCUCCUGUCAGACCUGGCCACAGGGUGCAGGCUUGUUACCCAGGGAUCAGGAUUCCAUGAAAAGAUGUCUAAAGAGCAACACUGAGUCUCAGAACCAGGGAGAUUCUUCCUUCCUGGUGUGCGCAGGGCGGCUGGUUCAGAUUUCUGAGGAUGGGAACUACGUGUUGCCUCCUGUAGAUGAUGACUCUGCCUCUCUGAGAAGUCAAGAGUUUCCUUCACUGAGAGCCCAGCAGUCUUGGCAGGAAUCACAUCUCAGUGGGUCAUGUAGUUGCCAAUGGAAAGGCCAGCAAAUGCCUAGGAAUGUUUCUAGUCAGAGUUUAUAUCUUCAAGCUACUCAGGAAAUCCACUCUGAAGAGAAACUAUAUCCAGGUGUGGAGUGUAGAAAAGAUUUCACACAUUGCUCAAAUUUUAACACUGAGCACAAAGUUCACAUGGAAGAGACUGUGUAUAACUCUGAGUGUGGUGACCACUUUAAUCUGCCCCCACAUUUCCAGGACUUUUCAGCAGUGUACCCCAGGGAAAAACCACAUAAAUAUGCAUGCAGUACAAGCUUCGAUCAAAAAUUGUGUAUUCCAAGCCAUCAACUUGACGUCAUUGAGAAACCUACUUAUAAAGAGAGUGGGAAUGGGUCUAACUGGAGUUCCAGCCCCCAAGAUCAGCAGAAACCUAAGCCACACAAAUGCAACACCUGUGGGAAAGGCUUCAGUGACAGAUGGGUUCUUACCAUUCACCAGAGAGUCCACACAGGAGAGAAACCAUAUCAAUGUAAGGAGUGUGGGAAGUGCUUCAGCCAGAGUGCCUACCUACACUCCCACCGGAGAGUUCACACUGGAGAGAAACCAUACAAGUGUGAGGUGUGUGGCAAGGCCUUUAGUCGGAGUUUCUACCUGCAAGGCCAUCAGAGAAGUCAUACUGGGGAGAAACCAUACAAAUGUGAGGAGUGUGGGAAGAGCUUUAGUCGAAAUUCCUACCUACAAGACCACCAGAAACUUCACACUGGGGAGAAACCAUACAAGUGUGAGCAGUGUGGGAAGGGCUUCAAUCGGAGUUCAAACCUUCAAAGUCACCGGAGAAUUCAUACUGGAGACAAACCGUAUAAGUGUGAGGAGUGUGGAAAAGGCUUCAGAUGGAACUGUAAUCUUCAAAUUCAUCAGCGGGUUCACACAGGAGAAAAACCUUAUAAAUGUGGAAAAUGUGGCAAAGGCUUCAGAUGGAACUGUAAUCUUCAAAUUCAUGAGCGGGUUCACACAGGAGAAAAACCCUAUAAAUGUGAAAAGUGCGGCAAAGGCUUUAGUAUCGCCUCCAGUCUCCUGGUCCAUGAGAGAGUCCACAUGGGAGAGAAGCCUUACCAGUGUGUUGAGUGUGGAAAAGCCUACAAUAGGUAUUACAAUCUCCAGAUACAUCACAGAAUCCACACUGGGGAGAAGCCAUUUAAAUGUGAGUUGUGUGGGAAAGGUUUCACCCAGAAGUCAAAUCUUCAAUCUCAUCAGCUUGUCCAUACGGGAAGGAAACACUAUAAGUGUGACACAUGUGGUAAGGGAUUCAGCAGGAAUUCAGGUCUUCUGAUGCAUCAAAAAGUCCAUAGCAGUGAUAGUUUCUAUAGGAGGGAAGAGUAUAGGAAUGGUUCCCAUCCUUCUGAGAACCUAUGCAGAGAUGAAGGCCUGUCAAAUACUGCUCUGUUUUGUUAAUGAAAAGUAGUGUUUAUAUCCAACAUGAAUGCCAGUGGUUGCUGGGAAACAACACAGAAUAGAGAUUCAUCAAGUGUUUGCCAACAUCUCAACCAGCUCCUGGAGAGGAUCAAAGAACUUCCUCCGAAUGUAUGCAGGAAAUAGCAAAAGUUUGAUUAUAUGUAGAAGUUUCAUUUAUCACAGCCAAUUGGUCCCUAAUAUCUGAACCCAGAAGCUGCUUCCCAAAUUAUAUUGCAGAGGCUUAAUAUUACUUAAAAAUGCUCGACUAGUAUCUCAGGCUUAUUAUUAACUAACUCUUCCAGUUUAAGUUAACUGAUAUUCCUUAAAUAUGCAUUGGCAUGUGGUGAUCCCUGUUCUUAAUAGGGCACACCCAUCUUUCUCUCUCUGGUUUGACCUGAGUCUCCUGAACCUGCUAUUCCUUAUCAUCCCUUAUCAUUCUUAGUUUGUUUGGCCCAACUAUACUUUCUGCCUGGUUACUGUCCAGUCAGCCUUUCAUUAAACCAGUUUGUGUAACAAAUCUUUACAGUGUGCAAGAUAAUUCCACAACUUUUCUCCCUUUUGUCCAAUUAAAAAGUAAGUUUUGGGGCUGGAGAGAUGGCUCAGCCGUUAAAGGCUAGGCUCACAACCAUAAAUAUAAAAAGUAAGUUUUGAUGAUACAAAAUUGACUUUAUUCUGUUAUGAGAAAUAAUCAGAAAUAGAAAUCACCCAUCUAUAUAACACAUAUUAGGUUCCAUAUGGGUCUGCCAGGCUCUCUAGUACAAGAUAGUGAUGAAAUUGAUUUACUUGGUUGAAUGUGCUAGCACCCUCAGAGUUUCACAAAAACAAAAACAACAACAAAAAAACAGCAUGUCAUUAGCAAGAGGUUGAUAAAAGAUUUUUCUAUCACUAGGCAACAAUACAAGGAAAGUAUAAGGCAAUGCACUACUUGUUCUUUAUACAGCCAAAAUCCAGUACCUGUAGGAAGUAAUCCAAAGAGUAUUCAAUGAUCUUUGGCUGGUGGCUGUGUUUCAUUUUGCAGAAUUUGGAAUGUUAAAAUGUGUCCACCAUAUCAUAGGUACAUAUUCAGGAUUUCAGUGGGCCACUGCAUUGAGUUCUGAAAAGGAUGAUUCUAUAGUCACAGAUUUGCUAGAAGUUAUGGUCCUUAAGUUUUUGUACUCUGGAUGUACCUAACAAAUUUUGGUCCUUUAACCACUUUGACAUUUUCUGCCUGUUAUAUUUAAAAUGUGUUCUAUAGUGAACCAUGUUUUCUAUAGUGAAAUAUGACCAUGUCUACGCAUGUCCUUUGGAGUCUCUAAAAGGAAGAUGGGGCCCCAAAACAAUUCCACCUGGAUUGUGGUAAUGCCGCCAAACUGACAGAUACCAUCCAAAGAUUGAGUUUGUAUUACAAAUGCCUCAAGACAGCUUCAACAUGGCUAGCUGAGAUAACCCAGCCUCACAGACUACCCUAGCUAGGACUUGAGAUAAGCCCUACAUGUUUCCAUUAUGCAGAGAUUGAACCACAAAUGAUUCAGCUACCUCUUCCAGGACUUGGUAAUUAUUUCGAUGUUAUUUUUCAGCUUCCUCUAAAGAUGCCAGACAACAGGAAGUAAUUUUGAGAACAUGAAACCCACAUUUUCAAGUAGUGGGAAGAUGGUUUUUGGUCAGUGGGCUAUGGAUAUUUGUAAUUGUUUAAGGGAUAUGCUUACACAUUGUGGUAAAAUGGUCAGGAAAAAAACUGAACAAAGGAGGUUAGAUUUAGGGUUUUUGUUCUAAAAAGAAAAAGGGAGGAUAUAGAAAUAUGAGGAUAAAGGGUACAUUACUGAAUCUACUCUGAAAAAGGGGGGUAUAGCUGUAAUAGGAUAAUAGAGAGUUUAAUGUACUUUUAAACCAAAAAAACUACUAGUCAUAAGUUUUUUACAUUUUAUUAUAUUUUUGUAUAUUGAUAACAAACUUGAGGUUACUUUUGUUAGAACAUACUAUUCAUAUCACUCUGGUUUAAGAUAUUGUACCUAUACUGUUCAUUUAACAAUGCAAUACAAAAUUCUAGUCUUUUAAAGUUACUAUUACAUACUAUGAUAAUAAAGUAAUGCAGGUAAAUAGUCACCUAUUCCAAUGGAACUUGUAUUCAUCUUAGGUUGUUUUCAAGAUCAACCAAUUAUAUUUUAGUUAGGUGGUCUUCAAACACCUCAGAGAUCUGCAGAAUAUGGUAUUUAUGAUGUUUUAAUAACAUAGCCUCGCAGCACCAAUGUCAGAAAAGAUGAGCAUUGAGGUUAUUCCAUAUGGAGUUUACUUUCUUUGUGGUAGAAGUUAGCCACUGGUGAAGAAACUGCUCUUGUGUCAUCUGCUGACAGUUACGCCCAAAUUGGACAGGCAGGACACAAAAGAAAUCAACUAUUCAACUUUGCGAAGACAAAGUAGAACAGCCCUUCAGAAUUAUCCUCCACAGAAGAGUAUGUCAGAUAUGUAGGCUUAUAGGCCGAAGAUAAAUGCUCCAACAUUAUAGAGGAACCUUGUGUGACUGUCCAGUCAGCCUGCUGUUUCUGUCAUUACUCACAGGUUUUAGAAGUUGCUUGCUUGCACUUCCUGUUUACUCAGGUAAUAUUUCCUUUGAGGGUCUCUGAUGGAGUUGAAGACUAGAAUCUCACAAAGGAAUGUAAGAUGUAUAAAGUUUAGAGAUAUAAGAAGAUAGCUUUGGGUAGGUAAUACAAAUUAGGAUGAGAGGUGAAUUAGUCACAACCCUUUGGACUCAUCAAGAUUGGAUUAAUAAGUAAUGGAGUAUUUCCUCUCAAUUUGUCAAAUGCAAAUGGACUGGACAUUGUUAAUAUACUUCUUGAUGCUCUAUAUUGUGUAUAGUUGUUGGCCUUAUAUAUAGCUCUUUAUGUUAAUUUUAACCUUUGCUUUUUAUUUAGACAAAAGGGUAAAUGCUUGAUAUUUUGUGUUCUGACAAAUAAAUCUUGCCUGGAAAUUAGAGGGUGGAGUUAGCCACUAGUUAACAAAUAACCAUAGAGGUCUGGAGGUCUGUA